UGGAAAGGUGCUUUCAGGCAACACACUGUUUUGUACUGCAGAUUUAUCACAUAAGUCAUGUAAGUGGGCGGUGGUUGUUUCAUUUGGUUUUCCACUUGAACAGUGCCUGUGUAGAUAAAGUGUGAAGUUUUGGAAACACAGCAGAUGACGACGGAACAUGGCGUGGCAUGUUAUAAACUAUAAAGAGAAAAAUAAUGUUCAGCGAUAGCGCUCUUCAAGCUCAAGCUCCAAUCCACCUCUUUUGCACGGGGGCGUGUCCAAAUGCUAUGCAUGCGCACCAUUAAAAAGCUACAUACAUGUACAUGUAAUGCGAAACCUCUGCCGUAUGCGUUGUACGCUGCACGUACUGGUCUACGACGGACCACAGUACACGUACAGCAGGUGUAUGCGUGAAGAUAGCGCACCCAUAUCCGACGUCACAUGAUCGAGAUUUUGGAAGAUUAAUCCAAUAUGGUUGCCACCGUGUGACAGUUGGAGUUGUGUGCACGUAGGCCUAUUGUACAUGUGUGAUCAUGAUGUAAGGUCCGUAGAGAGCCACUUCUUCCGCCAAUGUGCCAUGUCUGCUGGACCCUUACCUAUGUUCGGUGGUACUAGGUAGUAUCUGAUUGAAAAGCCGAAUUCUCAGCCAUGGAAUUAUGCAAUUCGUAAACAAACCGAUGUCAGAGCUCUGGAAAAUCACGAAGGCGGCGUUAGCCGAGAUGCUGGUGGACGAUACGGUACGAACAUGACGAAGCAGCAACCGAAUCAUCCGCAGUAUACAGCGAGCCGCGAUCAUGAGGAGGAAGACUCCCGUAUACCAACGGAGUUGAACGAUAGCAACGACGAGCUUGCCCUGCAAACCAGAAGAACUACCGAAGAUGUGGACGGUGUAAGUCAAGAAACUGCAAACCGUCAUCGCGAAAAAUACCAUGAUCAUGUGUACACGAAGCAUUCCUUUUCCCAAGCAAAAAGACCCGUGAGUGAGGAUCACCGCAAGAAAGACUACAUUAAGCCUAGAAGUAACCUACUAUCUGAAAUACCACAAUCCACUCGCACUGCCCCAAGCCACUCAAGCCAGAUGAAUGAACAAAAUCAAAGUGCAAGGCAUUCACUGAACAGUAUUGGCAAGAUCUGGAAGGAUUUCAAAACACUCAACGUGAUGAAUUCUGCCAGCAAAUCUGAGGUUACGACUGCCAAAGGACCACAUCAUGGUAAGGGGAAGUGUGACCCGGCUCUCAGCAAAGGGCUCACGUCUGAAGUUCCGUCCUCGGAAAUUGAGAAAGAGACGGGGAUCCAUCAGCGAGCCCACCGGACACACAGCCAAAGCCGAUCUCGGCAGGGCUCGCCGUCCGACAGCCAACAUUUCCGCAGCAACUCAACGGAUCGGGCCUCCAUCAUGAAACACAAGGAAGCUGUGGACAAAGGCAGGCCCUUUCUGCGGUCGGCAUCUGAUGAUGCAAUGCUGACAGAGCAGGUCUUGCAGCGAGACAGUGAGGAAGAGGUGGAGGACAUCUCAGCAGAGAAGAUGAAGACGAAAAUUCUGUCAGUGUGGAACAAUGUCAGAUAUGGUUGGACUGUGAAAACAAGAACUGCAUUCAGCCUGACCAAGCCAAUCUGGAUUCUGGGGAAAUGUUUCAAACACCGAUCUGAGGAAGAUGUUGAUGAACGGUUGCCCGGCUUGGAUAUGGUCAAGUCACAGGCGAUGGAGCUCUUCAAGCGGGAGUUCUCCUCGCGCAUCUGGCUGACCUACCGGCGGGAGUUCCCCCAGCUGGCUGGCUCCUCCUACACCACGGACUGUGGCUGGGGAUGCAUGCUACGCAGUGGUCAGAUGAUGCUGGCCCAGGCAUUGGUCCAGCAUUUCCUAGGGAGAGAUUGGAACUACUACAGUGAGCAAACUGUGCAGGAGCAACGCUACCACCACGAGAUAGUGAGGUGGUUUGGAGACCAGCCAGAUGACAUGAGCCCCUUCUCUCUACACCGGUUGGUGGAGAUAGGCAAGAGUUCAGGCAAGAAGGCAGGGGACUGGUAUGGACCCGCCUCAGUGGCACACAUCUUCAAAGAAGCAAUGGAUCAGGCUAUGGAUCUCAAUCCCCUGCUGGAACAGGUGUGUGUCUACGUGGCCCAAGACUGCACAAUCUACAAAGCAGAUGUAAUUAACUUGUGCAAGCGGAAGCGUCCUGGUUCCCUGCAGCCUGUGUUCAGUGACCACAGCUCUCCGUCCACACCUCAAUCUCCACCUGUUUCUCCCCUCCGAAGCUCCACUCAUCAGCUGCCGGUUGGUCCCCACCUGCCAGCAGUCAUAGACACUCUUUCUUCAUCAGCUGUUGUCAGGGACACCGGUUCUGGUCCUCCUGCAGUGGAGCAGGAGAAAGGACCCAAGUUAUCACCACCAAGGAGGGUCCAACAGUCGUGCCAGACGGACUUUGAGAGCAUUAGCGAACUGAACGGACACCCUGUUGCUGCAGUGCUCCCGUCGGGCACACGUCCCACAAAUGCUAACCAGGCUCAUAGCUCCACAGAGCCGAGUUUGGCCCGGCCAAGGAAAUUGCCUACAGUAGGCUCUCCCCCCUCAGUGGCACCCAAACCAAAGACAGCACACCAGUCCCGCUGGAAAGGGAACAGCCCAAAGGCCCAGGAACCGCCCUCCAGGUCCCAGGUGGAGGCAGUGAAGAAUUGCAUCGAGCUGGACGAUGUCACUCAUCACUCCAACGGGAAGCCAGCGAGAACCAGUUUAGUAGCAGAGAGCGGGAAGCCCCAGAAGGGAGAUGAUGCAUCCUCAACGUGGUGUGCUUCGGUAAUCCUCGUGCCAGUCAGGCUUGGAGGAGACGAGGUCAACCCCAUCUACAUCAGCUCUGUGCAAGCGUUGUUCACCCUAGACUGCUGCAUUGGGAUUAUUGGCGGGAAACCCAAGCAUUCGCUUUACUUUGUAGGAUACCAAGAGGAGAAGUUAAUUCAUCUGGAUCCUCACUACUGUCAGCCUGUCGUUGACAUGAAAUCCAGGGAGUUCUCUUUGUCUUCGUUUCAUUGCAUGUCACCCCGCAAAAUGGCCAUCAACAAGAUGGAUCCCAGCUGUACCAUAGGCUUCUACCUGCGCACAGAGGAAGACUUUAACCAGUUCUGUGAAAUAGUCCCAGAUAUUGUUCAGAACUCAACAACUCGCCAGUGCUCCUCCGACUACCCAAUGUUCAUUCUACGAGAGGGAAGCUGCCACGACUGGAACAGCCAACACCAGACCGAUCCAGAGAAACCUGAGCGCUACCUCCGGGUGCGGCACUUCAACCAGAACGGUCAGCUCAUCGCCCCCGUGCGCGAGACGGACGACUUCGUAUUCCUGGACUCCUAAAAGUGGACACGUGCACAGAUGAGCUGCUGAGAUACUUUGUAGUCACUCGCAAAACCCACAACUCUGCCUGGCUGCAUGCCAGAGCGUACCCUGAAUGAUACCAACUCACACUAUGAAUUUCCGCUCGGUUAAAAUGCAUUUAAAACUGGUGUAUGCCAUCUGAUCACUCAAUUUAACUAUGUUCAUUUUCGGUUAAACUUGGGGCAGCAAAAAUACAGGGUUAAAAGGGGGGUGUUUUUGGAAACUGGUAAGGAGCUCUGCUCUGUCUGUCAAUGACCCUGUGUUUUCCAGUCAUUGAUUCAUUAAUUAGCAAGAAUGUCCCUGGUCAAUCUAAAAUGCCAUCAAGAACGCCUGCAAUCCUUGUUCCCUGCUUAACAUUGCUGUGCGUACUGCCACUGGUAACCAUUGAUGCAAUUAGUCUUCACUACAGUAAACAGAUUGUGCCUACUGAGUCACGUGACCUGUAGUGGGUAUCUAACAUCGACAAACAUGGCGCCCUUCCAUAGCAAAGUGCGUUUUAAGUGUGUUGUUUAUUAAAAAUGAAGCCUAUUUUUUGGUGUAGUACAUGGCUUAUCAGGCUUUAUUUUUGGUAAAUGUUACUUACGAUACACUUCGCUGUGGGAGGACACAAGUUUUGUUGAUGUUUGGUACCCAUUAUAGGUCAUGUGACUUAGCAGGUGCAAUCUGUCUUUACUUGGUAAGCUCAAUAACUUUCAGUCCAGCUGCGGUUAAGUGGGUUUUCCCUUGUGUAAUAUAUCACAAAACAGGUGUAUUCCCCAGAAGAGUCUUUGAUUUGAAUGCUGUCUUAUGCAAUAGAGCCAACUCACUGAGUUUACCCAGAGACAAUAGCGAAAUGGUUGAUUGUGUAUGAAACAGGAGCAACAAGACCUGCACUGGGUAGCAGGUGGCUACUUUCAUGACCCAAAAUCUGAACUAACUACACCGAACGAUGUCUGGAUCAUCAUCUGUAACAAGAAGCCACUCUUUUAACAAUGCAAGGUCAUUUGGGAUAAAAGCACAUGACAUCAUGCCAGCUGGAACAGGUUUAGUCUUGGCUGGUUCCCUCCAUAUAAAUAAUAUUGAGAGCAGGUAGCUGUCGACUGUAAAAAUAGUGGAUGAUGUAAUGUCUACGAUGCCCCCUUAUGGUUUUAGGUGUAGUCACUGUGCAUAUUCUGUGGAAUGCACAGUGCGUACAGCUAAAUGUCACACACUGAGCCCUAACUUUACGGACAUUUGGAAUGUGACUUCUUCACAAUGUUCCCACCUGACCCAGUAUAUGUUAUGUACAGAUGCCAAAGGACUUGUAGAUGGUAUGUGAUGUAAAACUGAGAAGUAUAAGCAAUCGAUGUAUAUUAGUUAUAUAUAGUUUGUCUUUGCCUCCAACUACCAUUGAAUAAUCUUAAUUUAGAAGAUGCCCAAACAAUAAGUCAAAUACCUAUGAGUUGUUUUACUAUCUUAUACUGGCUUAUGCACACACAAGGUCACAGAAUUUAUGCAUGUAUAUGUGUACUAACCUGUUAAACAAAUAUCUGAUUUUAUCUGCAAAUUGUCUUAACCCCCAGAAUGAACUCUUGUGAUUUUUUUUCUUCAUUUGUCUUUUGUAUGUCUUAGAAAAUAAAAACUUUAAAAUGUCACAUCUAGAAUUUAUAAAUGGUCCAUAGAGGCUCUACCACUCUAUUUAAUACCAAUUAAUUUAUUGAUCAAAUGUUAAAACUCGUCUGUUUUGAUUUUUGUUCUUCACUAACAUUUAUCUGUGUUUGUGUACAGAUGUCUCUUGGUAAUUUGUAUCUGUUUACAAGUCUUCAUGAUUGUUCAUCUUUGUUGUGCAAUGAACUGUGGAAACUGAAUUGUAUCUAGGAUUGAACCAGGUGUAGAGCAAAGGGGUGAGCGUGGCAGCGUGAAAUGGAGGACUCUGCUCUCAACAGUUUGGUAAACUACACCUGCAGUCUUUGUCAUCUUUAAAGAGAGUUAAGGAUCGUAUAAACACGUAGAAGCUGCUUCCAUUCCAUUUGAAAAUCUUCCUUCGGAAAAUUGACCCGUUCAGGUUUUGAGUCCAGGAGGAGCAAACUCAAUUUUUUUUGGGGGGGGGGCAGUUUUCAUCUUAAAGUUCUUUUUUGUCAGAUCUGAGGAAUCAAACCACUGGAUACCCGACAAAGAACCGAGGAAAUCGAAGUUGGAAGCUGGUAUACUGUCUUUCUCAGAGAAUUAACAUGCACCAGAUGUGUUUCUAGUUUCCUGUAUCUUUGAUCUGGAAAAACUAGGUAACACCCAGCAGGUCUGGAAAAGUGAUGAUGAAAACUUUUAUUUUCAAUGUUUUGUUGUUUUAAAUGUUUGAUUUAUUGUAUUUUUAUGUCAAGACAGGAUUCGUGUGAGAGAGCUUCUUGGACCUGUACUAUACAAAUAGGAAAAAAGAAUUCAAGGAUGUUGUGUAAUUGUCUUGAUUGAACAAAACCAACACGAGGCGUAUACUGACCUGUAUUAUACAAAUAGGAAAAAAGAAUUCAAGGAUGUUGUGUAAUUGUCUUGAUUGAACAAAACCAACACGAGGCGUAUACUGAAGUUUGUUCUCACAAACAAACUGGAGUUAGUGGUACUUCUGGAAACAGUGGGUAGAUGGAAAAAUCAUCAGACACCCUGGUUUAGAGCUGUGUGAUUGAGUUCAACACAAAUCCCUGCGCUGCAAGUCCUCAUGAGUCGUCCAAGUCAAAAACUACUAAAAUAGCACCCUGAAUAUAAUGGUUAAUAUUCCACUUCCUUGAGAGGGACUACAUAGCGAAGUUGCGUCUUACCAAACUAGGUUUAAGAAAUCGAACAAUAUUGGAGCUGGACAAUUUCCACCAGUGAUAUUAUGUUAUGUAAACGUGUAUUAAAUGUGUAGAUAUACCGAGGUUACUGGAUGUGUACAUGUUAAAUGAAUAGAGAGAAUUAAAGUCUUUGUCUGAGA